AUCUUUCUCCGUCGGUCUCUGUCGGUCUAAACAGAAGGAAAAAAAAAAGAGUGAAAAGGAAGAAAAUGGGUUCCCUCCCUCCGUCCUCCGACCCUUCUCCCACCUCUCCCAAGCUCCCUUCAGACACCAAUACACCGCGUCUGACCGAAACGACCCCGUCCAACGCCCCUACGCCGCACCUCACCUUGGUAAACCCGUCAGAUCUACUGACUCUCUUCCAAUCCCAACAGAAAUAUCUCAACUUCUUCUUCCAGAAUCUCGACCUCUCCCAAACCCUAGCUUUCACACAGAAGCUUCUCAACUCCUGCGGGACACUCUACUUCUCCGGCGUCGGUAAGUCGGGUUUCGUCGCCCGCAAGAUCUCUCAAACCCUAGUUUCCCUCGGCAUCCGCUCCGCAUUCCUCUCCCCUGUCGACGCUCUCCACGGCGACAUUGGCGUCCUCUCCUCCGACGACGUCGUCGUCCUUUUCAGCAAGUCGGGAAACACCGACGAACUUCUACGGCUGGUGCCGUGCGCGCGGGCUAAGGGCGCAUUCCUCAUCUCGGUCACGUCCGGUAAGGGCUGCCUGCUGGAGAAGGUCUGCGACAUGAACGUGCAUUUGCCGUUGGAGCGGGAAUUGUGCCCGUUUGACCUCGCGCCGGUCACGUCCACUGCGAUUCAGAUGGUGUUUGGGGACACGGUGGCAAUUGCGAUGAUGGAAGCCAGGAACCUCACCAAGGAGGAGUAUGCGGCCAAUCACCCCGCCGGGAGGAUCGGGAAGAGCUUGAUUUUUAAGGUGAAGGAUGUUAUGAAGAAGCAAGAGGAGCUUCCUGUUUGUAAGGAAGGAGAUCUGAUAAUGGAUCAGCUUGUUGAGCUAACAAGCAAAGGAUGUGGCUGUCUUUUGGUCAUCGAUGAUGAGUAUCAUCUAGUCGGGACGUUCACAGAUGGUGACUUGCGGCGCACACUCAAGGCCAGUGGAGAAGGAAUCUUCAAACUGACUGUGGGCGAGAUGUGCAACAGGAAACCAAGAACUAUUGGACCAGACGCCAUGGCAGUGGAAGCCAUGCAUAAGAUGGAGUCACCACCAUCACCAGUGCAAUUCCUCCCAGUUGUCAACAACAAAAAUGUAGUGAUUGGGAUCAUCACCUUGCACGGACUGGUUUCAGCAGGCUUGUAGACGGUAUCGCUGCCUACUCUGUAUUCUUUUGUACUUCCAUUCUUUAUAUUUAUUGUAAUUCUAGAUCGUCUAAUGAAGUGUUUGGAUCCUUUUCCUUUUUGUUCGGUUGUGAACCUGAUCACCCUAUGAGGAAUAAAGGUUCAUAUUCAUCUCGGUUA